AUGGCGUCAUACGUCAUCCUCCCAGAAUCCACCAGUCACGUCACUAAUGCAAAAAUAGCCCCAGAGCGGGCGGGAAUCCCGGCAGUGAUCGCUGACGUAGCAAAUUUGUUCCAUCAGCGCAAACUGCCGGGCUUUAGUGUGACAGCAAAUUGGCCUUGUCAGCAAUCAUGUUCGUCCGUCUCCCGGAGAGCCGGGUGCAGCAAGCUGCGCUUCCUGUGUGGCCUGUACGGGGCUGGAGGAGCCUCCUCCACCAGCUUGGUCCCCCCGUUGCUGCCAGUGCACCACCACAGGAGAGGCUCUGCUCGGGUACAGGCGCGACUCCGGCACCAUCCAGACCACGGCUCGCGGCGCCACCUCAGCUCGGACCUGCACAUUCGGACACCUCAGGGCGGAUGGGGAGCAGUAGAGCCACCAGGACCAGGCAAUCCUAGUCUGUACCGAACCCGGGACACGAACAGAACCAAGGGUAGAGAUGCCGGGAGGGGCCUGCAAAGCAUGUCAGGGCAACAAGUGUACGAAAUUCAGCCAGCAGGAGGCAGGGGCGGGGUUCUUAUUCCUCGGCAGGCUUCUCAGCUUAUCCGGUGACGACAAGCCUUCCGGCGGCGGCGGCGGCUCCAAGUCCGGAGGGGCGAGUUCCGGCGGGUCGAACAGCGGCUCGUCCAUGAGUAACAAGCAGUGCAAGUGUGGCCACACGUACGCACAGCAUGCCUGAAGCUGCUCCAGCAAACCGACACACUCCCUGACCAACGCAUCUUGUCUUGGUGACGCAAUCAUUGAUAUAGAGGAUGUAACUCUCUACUGAUGAUAAGAGAGACCAAGAGCUCAAGGUGUACCUCAGGGGGUUGCCUAGUUACUAUUUUAUUGUGAAACAAAGCUUUCCAAGUUCAACGUUUGCCUUGCCAUAGAUACAAGAACACUGCUUCCAUAUAUCGUUACGAACUUGAUAUACAAAAUGACAACAAUAUCACAUCAACUCUGACCCGCCAGUAUGCUGACGUUGUUUUGUUGUCAUCUGGUGGGCUGGGUUGUUGGUUUAGGUUUUGUAAUGUUAACCCUUCCUUAUCCUUACUGUCUUCUCAACCAACCUGUCUCCAACGAGCUUUGAGGACUUCCUUUGUACAAGAAUAAGUACUAAAUCAUCAGGUAUGCUGUUGCACUGACACAGAAACUUGACCAAUCAGUUCAGCACUAACCGCAAUCGACACAAACGCUCCGUAACGAUACAAACCGAACAUGGCGUGCUACGCGUACGGUGGUGAUGCUCUCUUCUCCCCGCACACAGGAGUGUGGUGAGGGGUAUUAACAAUAGUACAGUCACCAGGACACUCAGUAUAUCCUGUCAACCAUAUAAUCAGUGUUUUGUACUGAGAAUCCUAUAGCCUAGAUCAAAUCGAAUCACGUUCUUCACUAAUCCAUUUCAUCCGCCAUUGUAGACCAGUGAGUCAUCAUCAUCAUACACACAGCGUGCCCAAACCAUCAUUCCCUUCAUCUUCCAAAGAAAGAAAAAGUCAUUCUCACUUCCCCCCUUCAUCUGCCCAAAAAGCAGGUACAAUCUAUUCGGACGAGAAAAACAAACAAAAGCUGGUUCAGCCUGUAUCUU